AUGAGUGCGCUUUUUGAAGAAACGAACUUCCUUAUCAUAGACUCCCAUUCCAAAGACAAUGAGAUCUCUCUCUCUACAAUUAAGGAGAUUAUCUCAAGGAACGGUGGAAAGUCCGUUCCUCUGACCCCAGAGUCGUCAUUAGAUGACAUGAGCAAGAACAAUAUUUCCCACAUAAUAACUUGGGACUACGACUUUACUGGGCUUUCACGAGCUCAAGAUCUUAUGUUGCCAAUUACUUCACCGCAAUGGCUUCAGGAUUCUGAGCUGGCGUCGCAAAGAAAAAACUACAGACUUUAUUCUCCUCGCCCGCUACCGUUUAUGGACAAGGUCGUAGUUUGCAUUGCUGAUAAUCUACCUGAAGGGGACAAGGAGAUGAUGUAUGCUGGCGUGCGAGCUUUUGGAGGCCAAUAUCUCGACUCUCUAUCCCGAUACACCACACACUUGAUAGCGAACGAUCUUUCAAACAAUAAGAGCGUCCUUGCUGCCAACAUAAAACAACGUGAAAAUCUCAAAAUACAAAUUGUUCUACCGCACUGGCUCGACGACUGUUUCAGAGAACAGAAAUGUCUCGAUGAAAAGCCUUAUCGACUUUCGGACCCUGUCACUCUUCGAACGGGUAAACCUAAUUUUGAAAUAAGGGGCACAGUUGCUGAUUCGAUUUUUGAUGACGAAGCUUCGUCUGCCUCUCAACCGAAUGAUGCCUCGGACGUGCUUCAAGGUAAACACGUGUAUCUUGCCCCUGAUCACUCAUUUAGUGAACAUUUUCGUGAGUCCAUUCACGAAUUAAUACAGCUGCAUGGCGGUGUUGUCAUGAAAGAGUUUGAUCCUUCACAAUUAAAUGUUUACGUCGGGAAAUUUCGUGAGGGCUCUGAGUAUCAACAAUGCGUCGACUCGGGGCAUGUGGAGGUCGCAAGCUUAAGAUGGCUAUAUCAAGUGGUCGUUCGAAGACAAUAUAUCACACCUUUAAGCUCAAACCUACUAAACUUCCCAAUUCCCAAGACCCAUGUCCCAGAGUUGUCCGGGGCGAGAAUCAGUGUCACGGGCUAUAGCGGUGAUGCUAGACACUACUUAUCACAGCUCAUUUCCAUCAUGGGUGCUCUGUUUACCAAAACUCUUGAUUCACAAAAUAAUUACUUGGUUGCCGAAAAGCAUAGAGGUGAGAAGUACAUGGCGGUAAGAAGCAGAUGGCCUGAUGUUAAGAUUGUGAACCAUCUAUGGAUCGAACACUGUUUUGCGAAAUGGAAAUACAUCGAUCCAGCAAAAAGUAUUUACCAAAAGGUGAAUGAAGAGACCCCAAAACUUGGCACGGCUAUCAUCGAUGAUACCCUUCUCGGAACUUCCUCGAGGAAGGAGACAUCGCUCAAUAUUGAUGAUAGCACCACAGAUGUUCUCGAUGCAAGAUCUGAAACAGGUGAGAAGAUUGAGAACAUCGCACUUGCAUCAGAUGAACAAAAGGCCUCUUCUGAAGGAGGUGAUCAUUUAAGUCUACCCUCUGAAGACGUUGAAGUCACAGGCGCCCAGUACUCAACAGCUGGAUCUGUUUCCCAGAAAAGUGAACAGCCAAAGGAAACUGUUGGCUCUCGCUUGAGCCGAUCAGCAAAGCAAAAAGCAACCUCAAAGCUUCACAGUGAUAUGGAGGAUCUCAACAACUAUGCUUCAAUAUUGAAGUCAACGAGAAAAAUGAACAGUUAUAUGAAAGACUUGGAGUCUAGUAUUGAGGCUAACAAAAAAAGGUCAGCGAACUCCCCUGAUGAUCACUCAGAGAUCGAACUUAAUAGUAAUGGUCAAGAUAGUCCCCGAAGUGGGACGCCGUUGGCGAAAAAGAGGAGAAAAUUGGAAGUGCUUGAGCAAACCGCGAUUAUGACUGGGUGUGAAGCUGAGCUUACCUUGAAUCGAGCAGACGUUGUGAAACUUGCGAGAAUAGGCUUGAAAAUUGUUAAUGACUACGAGAGCCAAAGAAAAGUUGACCUUUUAGUCGCCCCAAAAGUUUUGAGAACGGAAAAAUUUCUCAAAAGUCUAUCACAGUGCAACAGCAUCGUACAUCCACAUUAUCUUUCAGAUUUAUUGGAUUCGAUUCAAUUGAAUCCUGAUAAAUCACCAGAUGAAAUUUUAGCCUUGCAUCUGAUCGAGAAGUAUUAUUUGGACGCAGUCGUACCUGUGAAACAAAUAAAUGAAGACUUGGGUGUAAGCGCAAAAGAGAGUGGUCUCACACAUUUACUCAACUCUUCAAAUAAGGGCUCAGUCUUCCAAGAUUUGAGGUUGAAUCUAUCAGCUAAUUUGAAUGGUGGUCCAGAUUUGAUCGCGAGCAUCCUAAAGGAACAUGGAGUCCAGGAGACUAAAAAAGUAAAGGUCUCCAUGAAUGUCAAGAAAAACAGUUUGCUAGCAAACGCCAAUGGCGAAGUCAUUUUGAUUGCUCACAAAGAAAAGGAUAAGAGAUCUUCGAGGACGCUAAACGCUGAGGGAGUCAUCAUCGUUGAGUGGGAUUGGUGUGUCAAGUCUAUUUUCAAACUGAAAUUGGAUGAAUACCCUGACUACUUAAUAUCCUUCGAUUGA